ACAUUCCAGUCAUCCCAGCAGAGGCCCCAGAAUUUGCCAGGCAAAGAAGAGGCAUGCCAGACAGAGAAGACAGCAUGUACAAAGGCACAGAGUCACGAAGCAGUAGGCUGUGUGCAAAAGACUAACUAAAAAGCACUUCUGUAUUAAGGAGGGGUCAAGUUUGAGAGGUGGUAUAGACAUAGUGUCUUGGAGAGGUAGACAGGGACUAAGUCACAGAGACAGUGUAUGCUUUGUUUUCAUUCUUCCUGAGGGUCAGUAGGUACAUUUUAAGUACGAGAGAGACAUGGUCAGUUUGCAGUUUAGAAAGAUCACUUUGGUGACAGAAUAAAAGAUGGAUUAGAGAGGUGAAAGGUGGCAGUUAGAUGCCAGGAGGCUAUGGCAAUAGCAGUGGUAAGGAGGGGAAAUAAAUGGGAAAUAUUAAGGAGGUAAAAUCAGUAAGACAUAGGGAUGGAUUGAAUGUCAAGUGUGAGGGGAAAGAGGCACCUAGAAUUCCCUGGUUUCAGGCUAGGGCAGAAGUGGUAUCAGUCACUCAGACAGGAAAUACAGGCAGAAGAAUGAGGCCUUUGUUUUGUUGCUUUGGAGGGGGUGGGUUUAGUUGAGUUUUGAGCAUGUCGAUUUUGAGGUACUUGUCAAACAUCCAUGUAAAGACGUUUGGCUGGCUGCAGGCUAGGGUUUUAAAUGUAGGAGUCCUAAUGAUAUAUGUGGUAUUACAAGAAGAACACAUGUAAGAGUGAAGUAUAUUAAGAACGCAGCUUCUGGAGUCAGUUCAGCUGGAUAAAAAUCUCAGCUCUGCUGCUUAUUAGCCACUGCCGCUGUAGGCAAAUCCCAUAUCUACAGAAAUGGGGUAAAUAUAGACGAGGUCGUUGUGAGAAUUAAAUGAGAUGGGUGUUUCGCAUAGUACCUGACAGUUAUAAGUUCUCAAUAAAUGGUACCUAUCGUCACCAAAUGGCCAAGAGAUAACAGAGAAGUGGACUAAAAACAUGGAGGCAAAGUACAAACUCCUGACAAGUCAGGUGCACACUCAGCCCUCAAUGUACUUAGUCUAGUAAACUCCCCGGCACAGGGACUAUGUUUUACUCACUGCUGUGCCCUCAGCACCCAGCACAGUGUCUGGUGUAGAGAAAUGUUGGCUGAAUGGAUGAGAAUAUAGAAAGAAGGAACUAGGAGAAAGCAAGAAAGGAGGGGAGGGGGAAAUGAAGAGCCUAAGGCAGGAAAGAGGAAGACAAGGGAGGAAUAUUCUUGAAGAAACCAAAGUAUCCUAAGUGGGACCUGGGGGGUGGUAUGCCUAGGGAAGAGCGGGGGUAGGUUACAGGGUCUAUAAAAGAGAGAUAGGUAGCAAGCAAGGCCUCUGGCCCUAGUACCAACUAUACAAUUGCUCCUGGACAUGGGUUGAACGGAAUCAUAGCUCGUUGGGGGCCAGGAAAAAUGAAAGGAAUUACAGGUAGCUUUACCCACUCACAGGAGCCUUGGUGGCACAGUAGUUAAAGCGCUUGGUUGCUAACCUAAAGGUCAGUGGUUCAAAUCCACCAGCUGCUUUGCAGGAGUGUGCUUUGGUAAAGAUUACAGCCUUGGAAACCCUAAGGGGCAGUUCUACUCUGCCCUAUAGGGUUGCUAUGAGUUGGAAUCGGCCUGAAGGCAGUGGAUUUCAUUUGGUUUGGUGCGCACUGACAAAACUUGACUCAUUCUGGUUUGGUUUAAACGAGAGAUGUUGGUUUUAGAGAAAUGAAAUCUAGAGUGUGGCCUCUUACUAAUGGCCUUUGGGGCCACUUUCCCCAGCUUGGGCACUUAAGCCUCCAGGCCAGGGUCCCGCGCAUGCGCGGAGCGCCCCGGGCCCAAGGGAGGCUGCGCGAGCGAACACCGCUCCCCCUCCCCUCGCCUAGAGUGACGACCUUUGGAGGCGACGCCGGUUGAGGGUGUCGACCGUUGAAGACCCCCCGACGCUCCGGCCUGUAUUACGACAUAGUGAGGGGCGUGGCCUCCCGGACAUUCUACCCUGGCCACCCCGGCCUGGCGGCUCAGACUUGGUCAGGCCUUGGAGCGGUAAAGGUGUGGGUGAGGAGGUGAAACGUGGGCAGCCAGCGACCCCAGCCCCCGGCCCCCGGGGGCUGACGGGUGGCCAUGGAGCUGUACCUCAGCAACAGCAAAAAGGCUGCUGAAGCUGCCGCCAGUAAGGCGGCUGCCAGCAGCCUGAAGGUCGAAAAAGAGCAAUGCAGCACCGGCUUGCAAAAGAAACCCAUUCCAGAGAUCGGAGCGGCUAAUUUAUUGGAUCUGCCUCUUGGAGUCAAGUUACCUGUAAUUCCAGGAAGCACUAAUGUAUUCUAUACGACAGAUUUAAACGAAAAGCUUUAUCAACCUUCUUAUGAUUUUAACCUGACUGAUCCUUACUGUCGACUUUUGGAGACGAGCUAUCAAAGUCUGCACGAUCCACAUUUAAAAUCAUAUCAUAGGAGAAAAGAUAUUUUGAGGCACUUAAAGGAAGGCGGCUACAUAACGAGGGAUAAUAAAGUUGUAUGUACCGUAAAGGAACUAAAUAAGUAUAGGCAGUACCUAACAAGUUUGAAAUUGGACUUUGAAAGAAACUAUAUAAGAGAGCAAAAAAUGAUUGAAAAACAAAUAAAUACAUUGUACGAGAGCAGGAGAGCCCUUAAAUGUCCUAACAUUGCACAGUUCCAAGAAUGGCUAUUUGACAAAGACUCACCAAUAACUCCAGAGCAAGACCAGCUGCUGAAGUACCGAUAUUUAGAUAUGAUUAGGAAGGAAUUAGACAAAGAUAAAUGUACAGCAGACAAACAGAGCACAUUACAGAAGACAGAAGAAGAGAGACGACACCGGGACCACAUAAGAAGAAACCUUAGUCUCCGUGAACAGAUUGAAGAGGAAUGGAAGACAAAAGAAAUGUUACUUCUGACAAAGAUUGGGGAAGAAGUAAAAAGAGAAGCUCGAAUUGAGGAACAACGUCAGAAACGCCGAGAAGAAAUCGAUCGGAAGAAACAGGCUCUUAUAGAGAAAAAGGUUGCUUAUCAUCUGCAAAAAAUACAAAAGAAUGGCUCUAAGAGAGAAGUACCAGAAGACAGUCCAACUGAAAACAAAGGAGAAGAUGGAGCAGAAGCUUCUUUUCCAAAGAUAAAGAGAACGAGUUUCGCUGCUGAUACCAUUGACCAGAGUACACAUCAUGGAGAAAAACGGGCAGUUCACCAUUCUCAAGAUGGUCCAAAGACUGUUCUCAAAAAAUCACCAGCAUUAAUUCCUCAACGCGUUCACGGUAACAGAACAGAACCAAAGGAACUACAAAUACAAAAACAGCACCAACUUCACCUGUUUCUCCUAAAAAAAGUGUCCUCAGACAUUCUAUACAUGAAAUUCCUAAACAGGAGUUGACACGUGCUGAAGCACAUGAAAAAAGGGCCAAGAAACUAAGUUCCUCCUACGAACCAGCUAAAGAAGCUGUUCCUGCUCAUAAUUCACCAACAAAAGAACCAAGUUGUGGUCACCAUUGCUGUCAAGAAAAAGUAACUUCUGAAGAACUGAACAGUAUCACCCAAAAUGUAAUGAUGUGGGUUGUGGCAUCAGUAACCAGCAUAUUAUACCCAGCCAUCACAAAAUAUGAAGAAAGAUUACGAAAUAGCACACGUCCGGUGUCUGAUGAGUCACUUCUGUCUUCAGACAGUUGUACUUUCUGCAGCACAUGUACUGAAACACCUACAUGUGAACACUACACCUCUACAACUGCAAAGACAUUUCAGGCAGAGCCCUGUGCAAAC